AUGAUCGACACAUACCACAGUAGCUUGGCGUCCCCACCGCCGCCGCUGCCACCGCGCCACUCUCAGAUGUUCAUGAAGGCACAGGUGGCAUUCGCGGGCCACAUCAUCUUGCUCCGCUCCGUUUUGGCACUUGUCAUGCUGCACUUUCUCCUCACUGCUGGGGGUUUCGCCUUUUUGUUCUACACAGAAACAAAGGAAAAGCUGCCAGGAUCUGAUGGUUUUGAGGGAUUUGCCUUGCCUCCACAAACAGCAGGUUUCCUCCAGUGGAACAUGAAACACUCAGUGCGGCAUCAUGUCAACACGUAUGGAAGCAGCUGGCUGACUGUCCUGGAGCCUGGGGACUAUAUGGUCUUCUCCAGAGUGACCUUCUCCAGGGCCCAACCGGAGAGGCCCACGGCCAGUGCGGUCAAGUUGAAGCGAGGCCCGUCGGCCGAGGAGACAGUGGCCAUGCGAGCUUACUGCAGCCUUGACUCCUCAGGAUCGGGGCAGUGCACAGCUUCUGUAGGAGAGGUGAUGUCAUUGGAAAGGGGGAACCAGCUCAGUUUGUGGGUGCAGGACUUGUCGCUGGUGGACUACAGUGAAACGGCAACCAGCUUUGGGAUUUACAAACUUUGA